AUGCAGCAGGCCACCACCUCAGGUGCUCAGGCGAAACUUCGGCUCCACUUGUUGCCUGCAGACUUCAAUGUUGUUGCAUCACGCUCACCACCGCACCUUGACCACAACGCACAAUCGCAGCAGACCAUGAGCCCUUCGUCCCUCGUUGCGCACUACAAGUCGCCGCACGCGACCCAGAGCUUCUCUUCAGAACUGCCGCAUCUGCCUGAAGAUGGCGCGAAUGUAGAGCAGCAGAAAACCGCUUACCUGGCUGCGCUUCGUGCCAACACCACAAAGUUGCAAGACGAAGUGAACGUUUACCUGACGCAGAAGAUGGACGAAGACAAGGUGGCCGAGAGUGCGAGGGGCAAAUCGAGCAAAGAUAUGGAAGAGCGGGAAGAGAACAUGUAUGGCGAGGAGGACCCGGAGGAGACAGGAUGA